UACUGUCGAAUCUACCUCAAUAUUUUUACGUAAUUAUCGGUUAUCUUGAUAACUUUAAUCAUAACAAGAUAAAAUAAAACAGAUCUAAUUUAUUCGUGGCGAUGAAAGUGUUGAAUACUCGAUGGAUAUUUAACUAUUUAGCUUAGGAUUAGGAUAACUAAUAUAAUGCCUUGGCAGUCUUGUGAUAUUAUUUUUAACAGUGGUUCAACUGAUUGUUUCUAUGCUGGAGAUAUUAUAACUGGGACUGUUGUAGUGAACUUUCAGCAGAAACAGAAAAUAGAAAGGUUUAAUCUCGAUGUCGUUGGAAUCAGUAAGGCGUCAUGGACCAGACCAAUGCCAACUAUUCCGUAUAUAAAAGUAUAUUCAGACACUGGAGUCGUUCUUAAUAUCAACAGUGAUAUAUUCCCUGAACUGCAAGGAAAAACUAUAGUGCCUGGGACUUAUAUACACCCAUUUUAUUUUUCACUGCCGCCAGACUUACCAUCAUCGUUUAAAAGUUCCAUAGCAAAAGUAUUUUAUUUCAUCAAAGUGCAAUGCAAAGCAGCUUACAAAUUCAAAAAGAAAACUUCUGCGCCAUUUAAUGUUUUGAGGAAUGUAGAUGUCAAUCACUUAGAUGAAUUUUUGGUCCCCACAUUUACAGAAAUGCAUAAAAUAUUUUGGGACUCGACAAAACUCUCAAUGCAAUUGCAGACCCAUACUGGUUUUGCACCAAAUCAAAUAGUAUCAUUUGAAGUAAUGAUAUGUAAUGAGAGCAGAGUUAAAUUAUCAAAGCUCAGCAUCACGUUAGUACGAGAAAUAGAAUAUAAUGUAUCUUCAGGAUACUUAAAGCAGGAGAAAAAGGUAGAGAACGUUACAUGGAACAAAUUUAAAAACGAAGAAAAAGAAGUUUGUAACUUAAGUAUGAAAAUACCACCGACCAACCCAUCAAGCAACUAUUCUAUGAUUAAAAUCGAAUAUAAAUUCUCGGUAACCUUGGAUUUUCCAUACCAUUUUUCAGUACAUAAGGAGAUACCUGUGACAAUUUCUACAGUUCCCGUUAUGCAUGUAGAACUAUUUAAGUAGUUUAUUUCAUUAAAUAUAUUUAAUAUAAUAGU